CUUCUCCGGGUAAAGCAUCCAUGAAAUGAACACUGAUUGGUUGUCACAGAACCGAAGGGGAACAGAAACCAUUGACAUGCUGAAUCAAUGAAUUGCGAAGAAGAAUAGUAGAAUUAUUAGGAAUUUUGUUUCCAACUAUAUUGAUUUAUACUGAAAUGGUUUCAGUUUGUUCUCCAGCGAGUUCACUGCAAGUUGAUUUCCUCCAUGGUAACCUUACCUCUUGUCAUCCGUUACUUCCACCGGCUUCUUUCUCGUCCCCUUGCUGGAGCCACUUUCAGUUCCGUCCGUUCGCGGCGGGGCUAAAGAUUGGCGCCGAAGGCGGUGGGAAUCGGAGCAGUCGGGACGCUUACAGCUCGGAGCUGUUGAGGAGGCCGGUGAUUGAGCCGUUAUUGGACACCGCCGCGGAGGAGGAGUCUGCUGAGGAGGAAUCCGACAAUGAGGGGGAGAGAAAGAGUGAAGAUGGGUGGGUUGAUUGGGAGGACGUGAUUUUGGAGGAAACGGCUCCGCUUGUCGGACUUGUUAGGAUGAUUCUCCAUUCUGGAAAGUAUGAAGCUGGUGAUAGACUAAGCCCCAAACAUGAGAGUACUAUUCUAGAAAGGAUUCUUCCACACCAUCCAGAGUAUGAAAUGAAGAUUGGAUGUGGUGUUGAUUAUAUUACGAUAGGAUACCACACCAUUUUUGGAAACUCAAGAUGCUUAUUCAUAGUUCGAAAGGAUGGAGAAUCGGUUGACUUCUCUUAUCAGAAGUGUAUAAAGGCUUUGAUCAGGAAAAACUACCCACUCUAUGCUGACAGCUUCAUUCUUAGGCACUUUCGGAGACGUCACAAGUUUAGGCAUGAUUGAAGAGAUCGUGUUUGGACUUUCUGCACGUGAUUACAGCACUGUCGAUACAGUUGCUUCAUGGGCUAAGUAAUAGUGUUAGAACUUAGAAGAUAGCAAUCUCCUGAAAUAAGCAUUGAUAUUGAGUGCUUAUUCUCUUAUUUCUUUACCAUUUUCCAGCAAGAAUUAGGCUGUCAAUAUUUCCUUGUUUAAAGAUUCUCUGUGUCUUGAAUUGCAGUUACAUGAUGUUUCCUCUA